GUUUUCUGUGGCCAUGUGUCAUUAUCAUCGUCGUCAGCAACAUCAGCUGAUCUCUUCUACUUCCAGUGCUUGUUUUCUGAAUUAUUUACAGUAUCUCUUGAUUUCUCUUUUUUCUUUCAAAACUUGUGUCAAACCAUCAAAGCACGAACAACAAAACAAGAUAAUAGUGUCAAGUUGUCACGUAUUGUGUAUCUCCAACUUAUUGUGUAGAUUAACAAAACGUUUUAUCGAUUGAAACAUAUACUGCCCUUUCUAAUAAUAACAAUAAACCUAAAUAAUGUUUAUAUUUUAGUACUUUAUCGUCAAAUUUUAAAUUUUGCAUUAUUGAAAACUAAUUUCAGCCUAAAGUACGGUAGCCUAUUGUUAAAGCAUUUGUGGAGUGCAGUUUACUUGACCAAACACGAACACGAGUAAUAUUGGAGUUAACCUAUGAUAUUAUGGAAUUCAGAUUUUUGCAACUGUAUAGUGGUUUUGGUAAUUAACUUUUGAAUUUCAUAAAAAAGUGGCUGAUGACUAAUGCUAAUCAUAGUGUCAUGAAAAAAUGAAUAACUACGUUACUGAUAUCUCAAAGUCUCAAGAAUAUAUUAGCUUCAGGAGUAACAUUCCUCUUAGAAAAAUAGUGGUCGAUUCAAAUCAGGAAUGGAGAAUCUAUGAUUCUGGACCAAAGAGUGUUGGCUGUCCGUUGGUGUGCUUGCCACCAGUUAGUGGCACAGCCGAUGUCUUUUUUAAACAGUUAUUAGGACUGAGUUCCAAGGGUAUUAGGGUAAUAUCGGCAGAGCAUCCUGUCUAUUGGACUGUCAAUGACUGGUGUGAUGGAUUCAAAAAACUCCUUGAUUAUCUGAAGCUUGAUAAAAUACAUCUAUUUGGAGCUUCUUUGGGUGGUUUUUUGGCUCAAAAGUUUGCUGAAUAUACACAUAACCAUCCUCGUGUUGCAUCACUUAUAUUGUGCAAUGCUUUCAUCGAUACAUCAGUCUUCAGCUACAAUGAAUCUGCAUCUAUAUUCUGGAUGCUGCCUUCUCUUGUUUUAAAGAAGAUGGUCAUGGGAAAUUUUACAAUGCAACAUACUGAUAAGAGAAUCAUUGAGUCCAUAGACUUCAUGGUCGAAAAGUUGGAUAGCAUUUCGCAGCAAGAACUGGCAUCUAGACUGACGUUGAAUUGUGUCAAUUGCUAUGUGGAACCUCAGAACCUCACUAGAAUAGAUAACAUUACUAUAAUAGAUGUGUUCGAUGACUACGCACUCACCAGUCCUGUGAGGGAAGAGAUCUACAAGGUCUAUCCCAGCGCGAAGCUCGCUCACUUGAAGUCUGGCGGCAACUUUCCCUACUUGAGUCGCAGUGAUGAAGUCAAUCUGCAUUUACAGGUACACUUAAACAGAUUUCUAGAUUCGGAUUUGAGUGCUCAUGAACGAAGUAAAAGUGAAGAAAUAAAACCUUCGGAAACUUGAUGCCUUAUUAUUGCCUUUGUGGAUUUUAGCUAUACCGUCUUCAAUGAUCAUGAUGCUGGAUCCAUUGCAUGUAGUGAUUAAUAUUUUUUAAUGUUGAUGGAGACCACCUUCAAAUUAGUCACACUGCAAUUUCAGAAAACACAAACCCAUCACCUUAUUAGGGUACUAAUAUUAUUGAAAGAGUAAUGAUAUUAUGCAAAUUGGUUUAAGUAUAAUAUAUAUAUAUUUUGUAAACAUGAAUUUGUACUAUGUGAUAUUGUUCUAUUAAAAAUGUCUAUUUUCUUCAAACUUCAAAGGUUUCUUGAAGAAAAAAUGUUGCAUUUGUACUACCUCGAUCUCUAGCAAUAUUCUUCAGUAGGAAGUAAAUGAGAAACUGCAUUUUUCAAUUGCCAAUGAACAACAAAUUUCCAGCAUUGACAUGGUCUAUUAGAUUUUGAAUUCUGUUUAAUAAUUAUUUCUAGCAAUAUUAUUGAAAAUUCCAAUGAACCUUCAAAUGAUUAAUAGUUUGCAUAUACGAGGGGGUUUGGGGCCACACUUGAAAGACAAAUAAGUCGGUAUUGAAGAGGUGCUAAGUAUGCAUAGAAGAGCGUGGAACCCACUUUGAGCACCUUUUGAAGUCUUUGAGGAUUGGAAAUCAUUCAAGUAAACUUUUUAUGUAUCAAAUGUUGUUUUUGAUUUUUGAAUUAGUAAUAGACAUGUAUUCCAUUUUGUUGUGAAUUAUUUCAUAAAAUAAUGCAUAUUUGUCAACUGACUUAUGGGCCACUCUGUAUACAUGGUCGACAUUCUGCGUGUUGUGUCGG